UAAUUUCGAGUCGAAAAUCCUUUGCCCUUGGUUUUCUCUUAUUUUUUUUCGGUCUGGGGUUCUAUACAAUAUAAUCAAAUCUGUGCAAACACAGCAGUGGUCGCAUUUGCGAAUCCAAUUAUCAUGUGAAUAACUCGCGCGUCUCGCCUCGAGUGGGCGAAAUUUAAACAAAUAUACGCCUAGUCGGCCGUCCGUGUGUGCGUAUUGUGUGAAUAAAUGCCACUAAACACACAAAAAUAAACGAAACGAAAACAAACGCCAACUGCCAACUGAUAACCACAGAAGUCGGACUACGACAACGUCUAUGAGACCCUGGAGCACCAUUUACGAUCGUGUCGUAAAGCUUAUAUAUCUGUAGCCCCAUUCCACCGCAAUCCUCACCUGCAGAUAAUCCGAUAAUUUAGUGGCCUUUUUUAAGACCAGAGAAAAGGGCAAACAAUGAAACACGAGAAACUGUGUUUCUUGGCUUGCAUUUUAAGUAAUUUAACUUAAGACCACUUAAGUCAAACUGCCGACGCCAUGCCCAAAAGCCGAAGCAACAACACCCCGCAGACUAACAACAACAUGCGAUCCUGCUAAGAUCAGAGAGCGAGAUCCCAGCCCGAUCAUGAGUCGCCAGGAGGGAGCUGCUGCAGCAGCAGCUUCAGCUGCAUCCCGUCCAGCCAAGGGAGCUGCCGGCCCAGCCACAUCGUCAUCCUCAUCGACAUCGACCUCAUCAUCCCACUCAGUGAGCGCUGCCCUGGGCAGCAAGAUAUCCACCUCGACGCCGCAGAAGGGCGACGAUCAGCAGGAGCAGGAGUUCAUCAACCAGAGCGUGGCCAGCGAGAUCGAGGCCAUGUCCAUUUCGGGUUCCGUGUCCGCAGACAGCGGCAGCGGCACCACGGCGGCCACCAUGAGCGGCAGUCCGGUGGCCAAGCGCCACUUGAGCACCGCCAGUCUGUCGCGGAUUCGUCCGCAGUCGAGCUACUCGGCGAGGGUUCUCAUCUUUGACGACUCCGAUCAGGAGGCAGCUGCCGCCGCAGCAGCUCUGGCCGCCGCCACGUCCUCCUGCAACAGCAGCGUCAAGUCCUGCAGCGGAUUGGAGUUGCUGCCCACCUCGCCGGCCAAACUUUCCAUCGGCAACGACAGCACCAACGGCUCCUCGAUGAUGCGAAAUCUAAAUCUGACCAAGAGCUCGUCCGGCGGUCUUUCCGGAAGUUCCAGCUCGCUGCACUCGCGCGGAUACACCGCCCUGCUCCGGAAGAUUUCCUACCAGCAGCACACCAACUCGCUGCGAGCAGUUAGCAGUGAGGCCUCCAACCUGCUGCGCAUGCGUCACUCCUCGCUGGGAAAGUCGGCUCCCUGUCUCACGGGCAACUAUUUCCGCCACGAACUGCAGGUUCCGCCUCCGAUUCAGGCGCCUGGCUUUGGGGCGUCCACUUCGGGCGGCCACAACAUCUCGCGGUCGGGCAGCUGUGCAGGAAUUGGCCUGGCCAAGCACCAUCAUCACCAUCAUUUGCACGGCGUUGUGAUGCGAGGAUCGGCGGGCGGUGGUGCCGGUUCCUCUGGCGGCUCUUCGAGCGGAGUGGCUCACCAUCGUCUUAGCUUGGUGACGAAUGCGGCUGUCGUGGCUGCUGCUGGCGGAUCUCGGGCCCAUUCCCCCUACUCGGCCAGUCCCGUGGACAGUCCGCGUCUCAAUUCACCCAUGCCAUUUGCAUUUGCUCCCAUCAAGAGGAUCGCCUCCUGCCGGGGCGUUGUAGACGGUCGUCGCUGGUCAGUGGCAUCCCUGCCCUCCUCCGGAUACGGCACCACCCCGGGCAGCUCCAAUUUAUCGUCUCAGUGCUCGAGUCAGGAGGGACUCAACCAGCUAGCGCACAACAUUCCGGCCGGAGUCCAGGAGGCGGAUGCCGCUGCCGUGGCCGCCGGCGCCUGUUGUGCCGAGCACCUCAAGCAGCAUUGUCCCAAGCACUGCGCUCUGUUGCUGGCCGUUUCGCAGAAGCAAUUGACGCCCCAGCCACCAAAGCUGCAGCCAACGCAGAAACUGAUGCCAGCGCCUUGCGUCAAUUGCUGCGCUGAAUUGAGCUUGGCUUGCGGUGGUCAGCCUGGUGGAAGUGGUGGAAACGGAGGACCCUCUGCCAAUAGCUCCGCCUCGAGUGCGAUGCAAGUUGGAGGCCGAAUGUCGCCCUUCUUUCGGCCGCGCUCUCGAUCGCUGUCCAGUCCAUCGCGUUCGCCGAUCGUGGACAAUGAGAUUGCCGUGAUGAACACCCUGUACAAGGAGCGCUUUCCCAAGGCAACCCAGCAAAUGGAGGAGCGGCUGAAGCACUUCAUCAACGAGAACAAGAGUGCUGCAUGCAACAGCUUCAGAGAUUCGCAACCGAUUGUACGCUUUGUGCAUCAUCAGGUAUUGGAAAUGGCAAGGGAUUGCCUGCACAAAUCGGAGGCCAAGUUGAUAACCUCGCAGUAUUUCUACGAGUUGAGUGAGAAUCUUGAGCGUUUGCUGGUCGAGACCAAGGAGAAGUCGCCGGAGGCGGCAGCCGAGCUGAAUGGUGUGAUUAAAAAGCUGUUGUUGAUUAUCUCGCGACCAGCGCGGUUGCUGGAGUGCCUGGAAUUUGACCCGCAGGAGUUCUACGAGCUGUUGGAGGCCGCCGAGGGUCACGCCAAGGCCAUGCCGGUGAUCAAGGCAGACAUUCCGCAGUACAUCAUCCACAAGCUGGGCCUCAAUCGCGAUCCCAUUGCCGAACUGCAGCAGGAGUUGCGCGAAACACAGCAGAUGUGCUCGGAGCAGGUCACCGUGGAUGCGGACCCACUGCAGCCAAGUGGCAGUUUGCUCCUCAACUCACCGCUUACCAGUGCAGCCAAACAGUUGAGCAGCCUGGCUCUGGAUUCGAUUGCCUUGGACUCGGGAAGUGGCACCGUCACUCCACAACAGCCUCCGCAGACACCGGUGGCCACGAGCGAGACAGCUCCUACUUUUGCGCUGGCCAUCAGUCAGAUGAAUGAGGAGCGAGCGGGAACAGCUGGUGGAAGUGGAAGUGCAGUUGCCGCAGGUUCGAGUGUGGCGGGAACAGGAGCUGCUGUAGCUGGAGGAAUAACUGGAGGAGAAGGAGGAGGAGCGGCAGGAACAGGAGCGGUGGCACAACAACCCUCACCCCACGAAAACGACUUUGACAUCGUCAAGCUGAUCUCAAAUGGUGCUUACGGAGCCGUCUACCUGGUGAAGCACAAGACCACACGUCAACGCUUCGCCAUGAAGAAAAUUAACAAAAAUAAUCUCAUUCUUCGGAAUCAAGUGGAGCAGGUUUUUGCCGAGCGCGACAUCCUCUCGUUCGCCGACAAUCCCUUUGUGGUCAGCAUGUACUGUUCGUUCGAGACGAAGAAGCACCUGUGCCUGGUGAUGGAGUACGUGGAGGGCGGCGAUUGCGGCACGCUGCUGAAGAACAUCGGGCCACUGCCCGCGGACAUGGCCCGCUUCUAUUUCGCCGAGACAGUAUUAGCCGUAGAGUAUCUGCACAGCUACGGCAUCGUGCACCGCGACCUGAAGCCGGACAAUCUACUCAUUACCGCCUUGGGUCACAUCAAGCUCACCGACUUUGGCCUCUCCAAGAUGGGCCUAAUGUCGUUGGCCACCAAUCUGUACGAGGGAUACAUCGACUCGGAGACCAGGCAGUUUUCCGACAAACAGGUUUAUGGCACUCCGGAGUACAUUGCUCCCGAGGUGAUCCUACGCCAGGGCUAUGGCAAACCAGUCGACUGGUGGUCCAUGGGCAUUAUACUCUACGAGUUUCUCAUCGGUUGUGUUCCGUUCUUUGGCGAGACCACUGAGGAGCUGUUUGCGCACACUGUCAACGAUGACAUCGAAUGGCCGGACAGCGAGGAUUGGCCAGUGCAACCGGAAGCAAAGGACAUCAUUUCGCAACUGCUGCAGCAGAAUCCGCGCGAUCGUUUGGGCACCCAAACGGGAGCGCUUGAGAUGAAGGAGCACGAGUAUUUUCUGGGCAUGGAUUGGAAUUCGCUGCUCCGCCAAAAGGCGGAGUUUGUGCCGCAGUUGUCGCAUGAUGAUGAUACUAGUUAUUUUGACACUCGCAUGGAUCGCUAUAACCAUGAUCUGGGCGGCGAGGAUACGGACGACACGGAUGACACUCCCGUUUUUGGCAGUUUUAAUUCGUAUACGCCGCAAUACAGAAAGCAGCAUUAUAGUUGGUCUCGCCAUGCCACGCCCACGGCCACCGAUGGAGUGAAACCCACUGCUCCGCCAGCACUGACUUCGGUGCCAUCGCGUGCUCAGGAGAUUCCAACGGCGCCAGCCGGUCCCCUUUCAACUGGCACAUUGCCGAAACUGAAAACGGGCAGCGGAAGCGGCAGUGGAAGUGGCAGUGGUUCGGGCAGUGCCUCCAACGAGGGAGUGGUCAACAAGUUCUUGAACACGCCACAACUGCGAAAACUGGAUCUCUCGUCCAGCUGCCUAAAAGUGCCGUCCACGCCGGAUGCCGACUACUUGCCCGAAUUGCUGCACAACGUGACCAUUGGCAACGACGCCGAGUUGCGGAUGCUGAAGCACUACCUGCAACAACCCAAUCCAGGGGCCACGCAGCGCCUGCAGCAGCGCCACAGCAUGCCGCCGAAUACGACCACCAUCAUUAGUACGCCGGCCACACCGCCACCCACUCAAACUCAGGCGGCAAUGGCGGCCACUCCGCCAACGGCAACGGUGGGCAGCAGCUUUUCGCGCAGCACACCGGAAAGCUCGCAGACGGACAGCGAUGACUUCUCGCCGCAGAUCAACCGGAAACGGAAGGGCGUUUGCGCCAGGGACAUCUUGCCGCGAUUCUCCAUCUCGAUCGAGGACGAAACCAUUUCCGCCGGCAGCUCAUCCACCGAGAACAUGAACUUGCCGAGGGAACAAUCCCCGCUGGCGCUGCAGCAUCAACCGAAAUCGAUGGACGGCAGCACGAGUGGCAGCAGCAUGAAGCAUCAUCGUUCCAGGUCUAUUGUUAAAUCGGCAUCCGCUUUGGGUUUGUCGCUAACCACUUCGCUGGACAACAUGCAGUUGGCCGCGCAGUUGUGCGGCAUCCAAUCGCCCGGCGGAGGAGGCAACGGCUCCAGCACGGCCAGCUCCAGGGAUACCUCACCUUGCCGGGAGCUCUCGCCGCUGGUGACCAAUCUGAAGCCACCGAUCAUUAUUCGACGUGGACCGCGUGGCUUUGGCUUCACUGUCCACACCAUUCGCGUUUACUAUGGCGACACGGACUUCUAUACGAUGCAUCAUUUGGUCAUGGCGGUGGAUGAGGGUAGUCCUGCAUUUGAGGCCGGAUUGCGGCCUGCGGAUCUCAUUACCCAUGUGAACGGAGAGGCUGUGCAGGGUCUGUUCCACACGCAGGUGCUGCAGCUGCUCCUGAGUGGCGGCGAGCAUGUUACCCUAAGGGCCACGCCACUUGAGCACACCAGCAUCCAGAGCGGUGGACGCAAGCGCGAUCUCAUGCAGAGCAAGCUGGCCAAGAAGGGUCUCAAUCGCCAGAAGAAGCAGACGAAGCGGGAGCACGACAAGAAGCGCAAGACCUCGCUGUUCCGCCGGAUAAGCAGCAAGCGUGCCAAUGCCGAAAUGCAGCAGUACUCCGCUGGCACCAGUUCACCCACCACUCCAUCGGCCAGGAAUUUGUCGCCGCUGGACUCUUCGUACCACAGCAGCUGCUGUCAGUCGGCCGCCAACUCAUCGCAAUCCACCUCGCCCUCAUCCUCGUCGCCCAACACACCCACCGGUUCGAGUGGUUCCAAUCACGGUGGUAACGCAGGAGCCGCUCCAGUUGCUCCCUCGGCCCUCAGUGUGCAAUUGCCCGCUGCUUUGCCGCCAACGCAAUUGGUGCUUCUGCCUCACGUGGGAGCCGUUGUCGGCAGCAGUCCCACCUCUGUGGGAAAUGUGCCAGUAUCUCCCACUGGCGUCGUUCCGCAGCUGUAUCAGCGUCCAUCCACUCUCCAUGGUCUAAAGCACAAGCUGCACGCGGCCACUGCCGUGAUCGCAGGUGGCGGCAAUGCCAGUAAUCCCGCCGGAGGACUGAAGACCCUCCACACGACGAGCAACAAUUCGCUGCCGAAUCGCCGCAAGUCUGUGGGUCACAUUCCGCUGUCUCCGUUGGCCCGAACACCGUCGCCAUCGCCGCUGCCAUCGUCGCCCACGCGAUCUCCAUCCCCGUUGGCCUUUCCGCUGGUUGGCCAUCAACCCGGCGCCUCGAACACCACGCAGUCGUACAGUCCGGGCAGCACACUGCCCACUUUGCAAACGGCGGUGAAUGCGAACAGCAAGAAGGCGGGAUUUGCUCGGACCAAGUCGGCAGAGCCCAGUUCUCCGUUGCUAAGGCGCGCCUUGUCCCCGGAUCGCUUGCAUCCGCGCAGUGCCGAAACGAAGAUAUCGCCACUUUGCUGCUCGCCGCCCAUUAAACAGCCGACGCACCAGCGAGUGGUGACCACCACCUGGCGGUCGACACCAGGCGGCACUGCAGCGGCAGCUGGAGGAGCCGCCGUUACUGGAGCAGCUUCGAGUUCUGCUGCAGGACAACAACCGCAGCAACUGGCCACGUCCGCCGCUGAGGAAUCUCAAAGACAAAACGCUGGGGCUACGGUGGUUCCCACAACCGCUGCCGGAACAACAGAGCAAAGUAACACUGCUGUGGUCACCCUGGCCAAUUGUGAGCCGCUGCCGCGCAUUGCCGAGGAGAAGGAUUCGCCCACCAGCACCCAGGACAGCAGCAGUGUGUCCGAGGGAUUUAUGCCCGCCAUCGAGGAGUACGCCGAAGGUGAAUCUUCGUCCUCGCCCACUCAAACUCUGGAAAAGCCGACGAAGGUGAAGGCCACCGAGCAGCCAGAGAUGGAGCCGGCUGGCAAAAGCAAAAAGGUCGACCAGGGAAAAACCUCGGCCCCUGGAACACCGGCACCCAAAACCAAGCCCCAGAACACUGGCUGUAAAACUUCGAUGACAACGACUAAGCCGGCCAGUCCAAGCGUGACUAUUUCCACAGGACCGCGCAAGGACUCAACGGCUGCGACAGGAGGCGGAACCACUGGAGCAACGGGAGCCACUUCAGCUGCCAAGCAGAGAAAGUAGCACCAGAACAGCCGUGGUGGAUAUGGAUGCUUGUGUUUUAAAUUUCGCGUUUAAAGGAUUAUCUUAGAUGGGAAAGGACGUGGAAAGAAUGAUAUGAAAGCCGCAGGAAUUCAAUAUAUAUUUGUAGUGAGGGUUUGCGUUUUAAACUUUUUUGAAGUAAGCUUGUGUUUUUUGCGCAAAUCAUACAAUUUAGCAAUGAAAUUAAUUAGAAAAUUCUGAAACCUAGUAGCUUGUAGAUGUCGUAACUAAAGGAUACAAAAAAAGAUAACCGCUUGAAAACUCUUUAUGUAAAUUAGUAGGCACGAAAGCAAAUCGAGAAAAAGCACGAUAUUCCAGUUAAAGCAAAUCUAAGAGGCACCACGCAAUUAUGUACUGUAUAUAAAUGUGUAACAUUGAUAGAAUUAACUAAUUGUGGACUACGGACGGCGAGUCGAAGGGAGAGUCAUGUGGAGCGAAGAGAGGAGCGCGGUGUGUGAGCUGCGUUUAUAACAUUUUUGCGAAUCUAUACACUAUGCCGAAUUCAAUAUAAAAUCUAUAUUAAAUAAAUGUUAUAUGUGUGUGUA